UACUAGAGUUAGAGCUAGACUCUAUAAGGGUUUAGUGUAGUAACUCUAUAUCUACAUCUAAUCUAGUUAAACAAAACCGAUAUUUGAUAAUUAAAAAAAGCUUAGCACUUCAGAAAACUAGAAAAACAUUCAAAUUAUUAUUGCAUUUGUAUUAAAAGUUCGAUAUCAAUUUUUAACAAUAAUCUUCCAAUCAAUUAUUCGUUUUGUUUUGUGCCCCAAAAACACGGAAGUCAUAGCGCAGUUACGUUUGUCGGCGUAUAGCAAAGCCAAUGAAAGCUUGCAAAACCGACUGUUGCUAAUGUGUCAAGUUAUUCUAUUUGGCUUACACAGCAAUCAGUGAUAGUGUUUUAUAUUCCAAAAUGUCUUCAACUCCCAAUGGAGAGGGAGUCGAGGAUGUAAAAACCGUGGAAGGGAUUCUAAAGUUAAAAGGCAAUGACGAGCUAAAAUUUGGAUUACUUAUCGGCUUGAUAGAGCUACAACAAGCAUCAAAUAAGGAUGUUGUUGACACAGUGCUUUACCUGUUGGUGGGUGGUGAGUUUGACAUUGAGAGCAACUUUGUCAUCCAGGAUCCACUGAACAUCCUGCACAUGUUGAAGCUGCUGGGAUCUUGUCCGAACACUUUACAGGCAGAGAUAUGGAGCGUGUUUACGGCCAUGCUGAAGAAAAGUCGGCGCAACCUGCAUGCCUGUACGGAGGUGGGUCUCAUCACAAGGGCCCUCGACCUGCUGAAGACUGCUGAUGAGGUCACAGCAGCUGCCAGGCUGGUUCAACAAUCAAUCUUUGAUCUAAUUAUAGACAUGCUGGGGACUCUGGCUAGCUAUAGUAUCACUGUCAAGGAACUCAAGUAUAUGUUUGCCUUGAUGAAAGCUAGGAACAAUGUUUGGCAACGUCAUUCCACCAAGUUGAUAUCAGUGCUGCGUCACAUGCCCCACAGGCAGGGACCGGAUGAGUUUUUUAGUUUUCCUGGAAAAAAGGGUUCGCAUAUUGCUUUACCUCCCAUCAAAACCUGGCCACAUCAAAAUGGUUGGACGUUUUCUUGUUGGAUCAGACUGGAUCCAGUCACUGGGGUCAAUGUGGAGAGAGAAAAACCUUAUUUGUACUGUUUCCGCACUAGUAAAGGUAUUGGAUACUCUGCUCAUUUUGUUGGUGGCUCUCUAGUUAUUACAGCCAUGAAAAUCAAAGGCAAAGGUUUCCAACAUUGUGUCAAGUAUGACUUUCAACCCAGGCAGUGGUAUAUGGUCAGCAUUGUUCAUGUUUACAAUCGCUGGAGUAAGUCAGAGGUCAGAUGUUACGUUGACGGUCAGCUGCACACCUCUGCUGAUAUGUCCUGGCUGGUCUCCACAUCUGAUCCUUUUGAUAAGUGUUUGAUAGGGUCCAGUGUUGAAGGAGACCCAGAAGAAAUGUUCUGUGGACAGAUGUCAACAAUCUAUCUAUUCAGUGAUGCCUUGCUGCCCCAGCAGAUCCUGGCCAUGUAUCACCUAGGUCCAGGGUAUAAGAGCCAAUUUCGAUUUGAGAAUGAAAGUCUAAACAUGGUCUCAGAUGCACAUGAAAGGAUGGUCAAAAUGCAGGACUGUAAAAAAUUACAAGAAAUGGGUUUAUGGCUUCAGGAUGUUUUCCAGGUUCUGUAUGAUGGUAAACUGACCAGUGCUAUAGUCUUCAUGUACAACCCUAUAGCUUGUGACAGUCAGCUGUGUCUGGAGUCUUCACCAAAGGGCAAUCAGUCUUAUUUCUUGCACUCUCCCCAUGCAAUGAUGUGCCAAGAUGUAAAAGCAGUGAUAACUCAUUCUAUACACAGCACACUUCACUCUCUUGGUGGUGUUCAGAUUCUCUUCCCAUUAUUUGGUCAGCUAGACCUCCCAGUGGAUCGUGGCCCUGAUAAACCUCAAGAAAUAGACUACACCACUUGUGCUAAUUUGAUUGGUCUAUUGGGUGACCUGAUUGAAUGUUCACCAGCUAUACAGCAGCAGAUGUUACAGAAUAGAGGUUUUCUGGUCAUUAGUUACUUACUGGAGAAGUCCUCUAGAGAGCAUAUAACUCCAGCUGUAUUAGAAGCAUUUCUGAAAGUGACAGAGUUUCUGGUUGAUCUCAAUAAUGGAGGCAUCAUGCUGAAGUAUCUUUUUGACUACAUCCUCUUCAACCCUCAGCUCUGGGUACACACCUCUGUGGAGGUUCAGACUAAGCUGUACUGCUACCUUGCCACUGAGUUCAUCAACAAUGCCCAGAUCUACAACAACAUCCGCAGAGUCAGUGCUGUCCUGCAGACCAUGCAUUCACUCAAGUACUACUAUUGGGUGGUCAAUCCACUUGACCGCAGUGGUGUACAACCAAAAGGACUAGAUGGCCCACGGCCAACUCGAGAUGAAAUAGUGAAGCUCAGGUCUUUCAUGCUGCUGUAUGUGAAAGAGUUGAUCAUCAAAGGUCAUGGCAUCCUGGAGGAUGAGCUGCAAUCUCUGCUCAACUACCUGACAACUUUACAUGAGGAUGAUAACCUGAUUGAUGUAUUAGAGUUGUUAGUUCACCUUAUGGCUGAACAUCCAGCAUCCAUGGUGCCAGCAUUUGACCAGAAGAAUGGAGUCAGAACAAUAUUUAAACUGCUAGCUUCACAAAAUGAAGAUAUAAGAUUGUUUUCUUUACGUUUGCUUGGACUUUUCCUGAUGAGAAGUACUUAUAGGAGAAAACAAGAUGCUAUGUCACCUCACAACCUGUUCAGUCUACUGGCAGAGAGACUCAUGUUACACACACAGAACAUCUCUAUGUCAACCUACAUUGUGUUGUUUGAGAUAUUGACGGAACGCAUGAGCCAAGAAAAUGUGAAGGUUAGAAAAGAGGAGCCAGAGUCAACAUUCCGCAUUGAAAACUCAGCCAUCCUGAAGGUGGUGGCCACCAUGAUUCGGCAGUCCAAGCCAACAGCAGAGGUCCUGGAAGUGAAGAAAACCUUCCUGUCUGACCUAACCAUACUGUGUAACAACAACAAGGAUAACCGAAGAACUGUCCUGCAGAUGUCUGUGUGGCAAGACUGGCUGUUCUCAUUGGCCUACAUUUACCCUCGCAACUCUGAGCAGCAGCGUAUCACUGAUAUGGUGAUGGCUUUGUUCAAGAUGUUGCUCCAUCAUGCCAUCAAGUAUGAGUUUGGAGGCUGGAGAGUCUGGAUAGAUACACUGGCCAUUUUACAUUCCAAGGUUGCCUAUGAAGAUUUCAAGAUUCACAUGUCUAAAAUGUACCAACAGUUUGAACAGAACAGAACUGACAACAUCUCAGAUCCCUCUGAGCUCCAACAUCGACCCAUCAGUACUAUCUCUGGGCUUUCAGAUCCUGAACAGGCCAACAGGCCAGUUCGCAAGUCUUCAGUCAAGAUUUCUGAAGUCUCAGAUGCUGAGGCUGAAGCCAUAAAGAAUGGCGCCAAAGCAGAGAAAAUAAAAGAAGAAUCCCCAGAGGCUGAAGCUAAGGAAGCAGAGGCAGGAGCAUCUGGGGAUGUGGUCAAGGAAGAGAAGGGUUCUGCUCAAGAAGAUGGUGGUGAGGGGGAGACAGAGGGAGCAGGAAAACAUAAGGAGGACUCUGCCAGGAAGCAGUCAUUGUCAGAUGAACCAAAACUUGAAGCAGCUAAACCUGCAGAAAAGUUUACCAAUGGCUAUGAUGACCCUAGCCUGUUUAAGUCCAGUGACAGAUCAGAUGAAGCCCAACCCAAAAACAAAUCCAAUUCAGUGCAAAUGGAGGGCCCAGGCAUCCCAUCACUGCAAAGAAACCCAUCCAUCGCCAGUCGUGGAGGUGGUCACAUCUUCAGCCCAGGUCCAAGAGCCCCAGCUUUUCGCAUUCCAGAGUUCCGCUGGUCUUUCCUGCACCAAAAGUUGCUUUCUGACCUGUUGUUUGCUGUGGAAACAGACAUUCAAGUUUGGAAAAGCCACAGCACCAAGACUGUCAUUGACUUUGUCAACUCAAGUGAGAACCACAUUUAUGUAGUCAAUGUGACCCACAUGAUUUCCCAGCUGGCUGACAACCUCAUCACCUCAUGUGGUGGGCUCUUACCACUGCUGGCUGCAGCUACAUCACAAAAUGGUGAGAUAGAGAUCCUAGAACCCAACCAGGGCCUCAGUAUUGAGCAGGCUGUGUUGAUACUGCAGAGAAUCAUGUACAUGACUGACAUCCUUGUCUUUGCCAGCUCCACCAACUUCUCUGAACUGGAGAAUGAAAAGAACAUGCCGUCUGGUGGAAUAUUGCGACAAUGUCUUAGGCUAGUCUGCACCUCCGCUGUAAGAAACUGUCUGGAGUGUAGGCACAGAUACCCAGGGAGAGGUCCCUCUGAACCCCCAUCUCCUGCAACCAACAAACCACUCAAUGGUGUGGACCCAAUCCACAGUCUGAUUGGGGGAUCUCAUCCAUCUGCUAAGAACAUUGUGGAGAACUUAGCUGGUCAGACAACACCCAUCAAAGACCCAGAAAAGUUACUGCAGGACAUGGACAUCAAUAGACUGAGAGCUGUGGUCUAUAGAGAUGUGGAGGAAACCAAACAAGCUCAGUUCCUGGCCCUGGCCAUUGUUUAUUUCUGUUCUGUCCUGAUGGUUUCCAAAUACAGGGACAUUCUGGAGCCUCCAUCUCCAGCAGCUACACCCACGACUGCCACAUCAGCUGGCAGUAAGGAUGGUUCAGGGGCUCCCACCUACCAAAAGAUCACAUCCUCUGCCAUGCCUUUACUUCCUGAGAGCUCCAGCUCAUCUGUUGUGUCUGUCAAAUCCAGUGAAGAGUCUGUCCAAGGGGAUGGAAAGUCUGACAUCUCCAUGCCUUUGAAAUCUGAGCCCAUCAAGAAGUUAGAGAAUGAAGGCAUGAAAGAAAAUGAGCUCAUGCCUGAGACCAACAAGGGCAAACAUUCUAGUAGUGAUCACCAACUGAAGGAAGAUGGCAAUGAGGGGAUUGCAAAACAAGAGAAUGACAAGUCUAGUGGUCAACCUGAAGCACCUGAUCAACAGGGAGCAUCAGCGGAAGAAAGUUUGUCAAGUCACCAAGCUGUUGAUGGUGCCAGUCAGGUGACAGUGAUAGCUGAAGUCAAUUUGGUCAGCGCAGAGCCUGACAGUGAUGUAGUCAACAAAAUUGAUACAGAGAGUGCAACAGAAUCUGUUGUCCAGGAUGACAUCACAACCACUGCAGGGGAAGUCCAGGAUUCUGUCCAAAGUAAAUCCCUGGAGAACUCAAGUAAAGAGAAACAGACAAAUGAAUCAAUUGAAAAGGACGCCAACAAUAGGGUAGACCAUGUGCUGGAAGGUGUUGAAGUAACAUCAAGUACUCAGUUGGCUGGUGAAGAUAAAAAGUUAAACAAUGCAGAGGCCAAGGGAGAAAAUGUACUAAGUCAAGAUAAUCAAGAGAAUGAAACUAAUAGUAAAGAUAACACUAAUGCUGAAAAGCUUGCUACUAUAGACAACCAGGAGAAAACUAUAGAAAGUACUCAAGAGAACAAGAUAGAACCAACUUGUAAUGAUGAAACUAAGAAAGUCAGUGAUCAACCAGAAGCAGCAGUCAAUAGUAGCCCACCAAGAGAAGACACUGACUCAACCCGGUUCAAUAAAUUGGAUGAUGAAGAUAGUGGUUCCAGUGAAGAUUUGAAUGAGAGACCUCCUGGUGAGGGGGAGGAGUCUGAAGACAAUGUCAGUGAUAAAGCUGUGUCAGAGAGGAGCAUUGAGGAGUCUGAAACAUCCUCCCAGCAGCAGCAGCCUGUGGAGGAGCAGCAGCAAAAGAAAGAGGAUGAAAUGAAAGAAGAGAAGAAAGAGGAGCAGCAGAUUGAGGAACCAGAACAGAAAGAAGAAGAGAUAGCAAUUGAAGUUGAAACAAAGGAAGGGGAGACCAGUCAGCCAGCCAGUGCUGAAGCAGAAGUGGAGUCUCAGUCCAAAGAAAAACAAGAGAAAUUGAAAGAUGUGAAACCUGUAGAAGUCAUGGAUGAAGCCAAGAUGGAAGAUGUGGACUUAAAGGAAGAAGACUCUCCCAAAGGCCACAGAGUGGAGCAGAGACCUGAGAGAGCUGAAGGGGAAGAGUCCAGAGAGAAUUCUAAACCAAUAUCAUCUAUAACAUUGUCACAGAAGUCUACAGAUCAAGAUGGAGCCUGCAGCAGUCAGAAGCCAAGUGCUCUAGAACUGAACAUCAGCCCUCCAAUACAUUCUCUUCUGACUUACCAGAUGGACACUGGCACGCUGACUGAAAGGCUGGAGAGGGCUCUUGGCUCAGUGGCCCCCUUGUUGCGUGAAGUCUUUGUAGACUUUGCUCCUUUCCUUUCCAAGACCCUGAUUGGUUCCCAUGGGCAGGAGCUGCUCAUCGGAGGUGGGGGUCUGGUGACCCUAAAACAAAGUAAUUCUGUGGUGGAGCUGGUCAUGUUGCUGUGUUCCCAGGAGUGGCAGAACUCCCUCCAGAAACAUGCAGGACUGGCAUUCAUAGAGCUAGUCAACGAAGGGAGGUUGUUGGCCCAUGCCACCAGAGAUCACAUUGUGCGUGUAGCCAAUGAAGCUGAGUUUAUACUGAACAGAAUGAGGGCAGAAGACGUCCAGAAACAUGCAGACUUUGAGUCCACCUGUGCCCAGUCAAUGAUGGACAGAAGGGAGGAAGAAAAGUUAUGUGACCACCUGAUUAAAUCAGCCAAGAGAAGGGACCAUGCAAUAGCUGUGAAACAGAGGGACAAGAUCCUCAACAUUCUGCACAACAAACAUGGUGCUUGGGGUGUGGAAGCUGAACAGUUAAGCAAAGAGUUCUGGAAACUAGAUAUUUGGGAAGAUGACUCCCGUAGACGUAGGAGGAUGAUCAGGAACCCCCUGGGAUCAUCUCAUCCUGAGGCUACAUUGAAGGCAGCAAUUGAACAUGGUGCUGCAGAAGAUGCUAUCAAUGCUGCCAGAGAUGCUUUCCACAGUCACCUGGCAACAUUGAAGAAGACCCAGAGAGAGACUACAGACUUUACAGAUGAAGAGUUAGUCAUGGAAGAGAAAGAUGUGGAGCAAGAAUUUUCUGGUCCUGUAGCCUUGUCUACACCCUGCAAGUUGAUAGCACCAGGAGUGACAGUCAGUGGGACAAUGUCAGUGACCAAGAAUGAGCUCUACUUUGAAAUGGAUGAUGAUGACCCACAGAACAAGAAGAUUGACCUCAAGGUAUUGGCUUAUGUUGACUUCCUCCAUGGCAAGUGGAACUUUUCAGAGAUCCGAGCAAUCUUCUCCAGACGUUACCUUCUACAAAACGUGGCCAUUGAGAUCUUUAUGGCCAAUAGAACCGCCGUCAUGUUUGCCUUCCCUGACCACGUGACUGUGAAGAAAGUCAUCAAUGCCUUACCUCGAGUUGGAGUCGGGAUCAAGUAUGGACUGCAGCAAGCCAGGCGUGUCUCCAUGGCCUCGGGCAAGCAGUUGUUUAAGUUAUCCAACAUGACACAGAAGUGGCAGAAGCGCGAGAUUUCAAACUUUGACUACAUCAUGUACCUGAACACGAUUGCUGGUCGAACUUAUAAUGACCUCAACCAGUAUCCUGUGUUCCCAUGGGUUCUGGUCAACUAUGACAGUGACCAGCUGGAUCUGAGCAGUGCCAACUCCUACAGAGAUCUGUCCAAGCCAAUUGGAGCUUUGAAUGAAACCAGGAAAGCUUAUUUUGAAGAGAGGUUCUCAAGUUGGGAGCAUGACCAGAUUCCACCAUUCCAUUAUGGAACCCAUUACUCUACAUCAGCCUUCACGCUCAACUGGCUCAUUCGUGUGGAACCUUUUACCACAAUGUUUCUAAACCUCCAAGGGGGUAAGUUUGAUCAUCCCAAUCGUAUCUUCAGUUCCAUCAGCCAGGCCUGGAAAAAUUGUCAGCGGGAUACAUCAGAUGUUAAGGAGCUGAUCCCUGAGUUUUUCUGUCUACCUGAGAUGUUGACCAACAGCAACCACUACAACUUGGGCAAACAAGAGGAUGGAACUCUGGUGGAAGAUGUGCAGUUACCUCCCUGGGCCAAGACACCAGAAGAGUUCAUCAGAAUAAAUAAAAUGGCUCUAGAGUCUGAGUUUGUGUCUUGUCAGAUACACAACUGGAUUGAUCUGAUCUUUGGCUACAAACAAAGAGGACCUGAAGCUGCUCGGGCUACCAAUGUGUUUUACUAUCUGACCUAUGAGGGCAGUGUCAACUUGGAAACUAUGACUGACCCAGUCAUGAAGGAGGCUAUUGAGAACCAGAUUCGCAGCUUUGGUCAAACCCCAACCCAACUUUUGAUGGAGCCUCACCCACCCCGUAGUUCUGUGAUGCACCUGCUAAUAGAAAAAAAUCAAGAGAAUAGAAGCAUCAUCAACAAGAGCCCCAUGAUGUUCUCCAAGAACCAGGAUGAUGUAUGUAUGAUCAUGAAAUUCUUGUCCAACUCACCAGUCACUCAUGUAGCGGCCAACACCCACCCAGCUGUGCCUGUCCCAGCAGUCACCAGUAUCUCCUGUAAUCACAACUAUGCUAUCAACCGAUGGAACAAUGGCUACACCCCACAAAGUAAUGCAGCUAGUUUCUCUUCUGAGAAGGCCGACCCUGCAGCUCCCCCCAACCUUCCUCUAGCAAUGGAUCAACUGCUAGUGAUGAAUACUGGACAACAGAAGAGGACUCUGGGAGACAACUUUGACCAAAGGUUACCUGUCAACCAUCACAGUUUUGUCACAACUGCAGACAACAGGUUCCUGUUUGCCAGUGGAUUCUGGGACAAAAGUUUCAGGAUUUAUCUCCUAGAUACAGCUCGUAUUGUCCAGGUGGUAUUUGGACACUUUGAUGUGGUCACCUGUCUGGCCAGGUCAGAGUGUAACAUCAGUCAAGACUGUUACCUGGUCACAGGGUCCAAAGACUGUACUGUCAUGGUCUGGAUGUUUAGUGCCAAGUCUCAGGCCAUUCUUGGAGACAAUAACAAUGUUGAGAUGCCUACACCAAGGACUGUCCUAACUGGUCAUCAGUCUGAGAUUACUUGUGUUGCCACCAUAGCAGAACUAGGCCUUGUUGUUAGUGGAUCUAAAGAUGGCCCAAGUCUAGUCCAUUCUUUGACUGGUGAUCUAUUGCAUUCAUUGGAGCCCCCUUCCACUUGCCAUUCCCCACGUUUGAUCACAGUGUCUAGGGAGGCCUUCAUUCUACUGACCUAUGACUCUGGCAACAUUUGCAUGUUUAGUAUCAAUGGUAAACUGUUACACUUCAUGGAGCACAAAGACUACAUUCAGUCUCUCAUACUGAGUCGAGAUGGACAAUACCUGCUACUAGGAGGUAAUGGUGGCGUGGUUGAGGUGUGGCGGGCUCACAACUUUGAGCACCUAUAUACCUACCCUGUGUGUGACAGUUCUAUCCGUUCUUUAGCCUUGACUCAUGACCACAGGUUUGUGAUAGCUGGUCUGGCUACUGGAUGUCUUCUGGUGCUGAACAUUGACUUCAACAAGUGGCACCAUGAGUUUCAAGAGCGUUACACUUAAACUGUCUGCAUGACUGGAUACACUUGUGAUGUCCAGAUGACUGGAUGGACUUGUUAAUGGAGUCCAGAUGUUUCUAUGUUUUCUUGUAUCACACAAAAUAUUUGGUUGUUAUGUAAAUUGUGCAAUGGCAGGACACAGCCCAGAGUUUAAAAGGACAUUCCAGUGGGACACUUCUCCAAGCUUUUGCAGGACAUUCCAGAAGUUUUGUGAGAAUAGUUGUGAUUGUUAAUUUCAAGAUAUGUGUGUAUUUGUUGUGUUUUGAAAUGAUAGACAUUUUGUCUUACAGUGCGACCUGAUGAUUGUGUUGAUCAGAUCCAACAUUCUCUUUGUGACCUGUUGAUUGUGUUGAUCAGAGCCAACAUUCUCUGUGUGACCUGAUGAUUGUGUUGAUCAGAUCUAACAUUCUCUGUGUGACCUGUUGAUUGUGUUGAUCAGAUCCAACAUUCUCUGUGUGACCUGUUGAUUGUGUUGAUCAGAUCCAACAUUCUCUGUGUGACCUGUUGAUUGUGUUGAUCAGAGCCAACAUUUUCUGCCUUCAUUUUGAAACAACUUUGUGUAGACUGAAUGUAUCAUACCUUUACAUCCUGUUUUCAUUUUCUAGAUCAAUAAGACUGAUAGAAUUGUGAAUAUCUCUUUCUGUAGACAUUGUCUUACUAACAUCAAUAACUGAUAGAAUUGUGAAUAUCUCUUUCUGUAGACAUUGUCUUACAAACAUCAAUGCUGGAUUAAAGAGUCUACUCUCAGUACUUUAUAAUAUGCUUUGAAGUUGUUUUUUUAGUUCUAGCUUGCAUAUAAUUUAUGACAACUUAUCUUUUAUCCAUAGGCUGAUUCUCUCCAUUUUAUAAUUAGUUACUAUUAAUGGCCUUAGCUAAACAGCAAUUACUAUUUGAUUAAUUACUUUGCCAAAAAAUGUGAAGAACAUUUGAAAGUUGCUCUGUUAUCUUAACAACAUCUGUAUUGUGUCUCUUGUCUGCUACUCUGAUGAAAUUGAAUUCAUUGUCCUGGUAGUGGAAGUCUUUGCUUGCUGUCAGUUUUCAUCUUUGCUUUAUUUUCAUUUAUAUUGAACAGAACAAUAACAUUUCUCUUUUAUUUCUGUCAUGUUUUCUUUUAAAUGAAAUUGUCAUAGUUUUAUAACUUUGAUCUUACUGUAUACAUUUGUGAUUAUUUUUAUUUUUUUUUUAAUUUUGUGAUUUUAGUUCGGAUGUUAUUACCCAAGCUAUAUUGUCAAACUUCUGGUCAGAAAGAAUUAAAAUUAAAUUUGCUGUCAAUGUCAUCUUAUUAGUAUUCCAAACAUUUCAGUAUAUACUAAUAUCAAGAUACUAAAAUAUAUGCCUGAUAUAUGUAUCUGUAGGUAAGACCAAUAAAUAAACCAGAUCAGUAUAUUAUAUAUCCACAUUGACUGGGACACCUGUUGACUAUUAUCAGGAAUAUUUAUUUUACAUUUAAUUAAACUUUUGAUGAUUUCAAACAUCAUUUGUGAACAAAAGAAAUAGCAUUGCUGAAUGGAAAACCAAGUUGAACCUGUAUAUCAUUAACAGUGACCUCCCCUGCAAUAUUGGUUUGUCUGUAUAGUAGCAAAAAUAUUCUAAUAUAUCUAUUUAUAACUUAACAAUAUCUGUGAAAACAAUUUAUGCACUAAUCAUUUGUUUGUUUUUUGCUGUUUAUAUUGAGUGUUGUCAUGUGUUACCAUAGCAACUACAUUCCAAUUUUGAUUCUGACUACAUCAUAGCUAUGCUUUUUGUUUUCAUUCAAGUGUGAAGUCCGUUAUUUGUUUUUGUCUCUUAAUAAGAUUGAGCUGCGAAAGAUAUUACUGAGAGUAAAGCCUGUCUUGAGACCUACUUGUGUCUUGAGACCUACUGGUCAGUGACAGGUAACAGCUACUGUACAACACUACCUAUAAAGAUGGACAAACUGUUUCUUUGUUAGAUCAAGUCAGUGAUUUAGUUGUUAGACUAUGAAACCAUCUGUUGAAGCUGCUCUGUGUAUUUAGUUGAGUGGGUGAAUCAAUGUAAACAGAAGGAAAUGUUUUGUAUUCAUUCUUGAGUUUCUUUGUGCUAGAUUUAGUUUUGUGUCUUAAUGAAGGGUCAGGCUGUGGAUUUAUUUCCUUGUCAGCCAUUUUAUAUGCAAAUCAAAUCUACUGUCAAUACUUUAUGAAAUAGUUAAUGGCCUCAUGGGUUCAUGUCAUGGUAGAUUUAAUUAUUUUUUUUUUUAAUUUUUUACAUUUUUUUGGGUUUGCUCUAAUAUUAAAAUCAAAUAAAUGUUGGAGACUUUCCAACUCUAUUUCUCUGUGGGAUGAUCAAUUGAUUGCAUGGACAGAGCUAUAUCACUGUGUUAUUGUGUGUUAUUGCUUAAUGUUUCAUUGAUAUCUAGAUUGAACAUGUAUCAUUAUUUUUAUAUUAUAGACAAAAUACUAUUUCAUUCACAUUUUGUGAUACUAAUAUAUCAUUAAAAUUCAAGUCACUCUC